CGUUACCGCCAUCUUUCAGCACACGCGAAAAUGUUACCUCUUUCUCUACUGCGAACUGCUGUGAACCAUCCCAUGCUGGUGGAGUUAAAAAAUGGAGAGACAUACAAUGGACAUUUAGUAAGCUGUGACAACUGGAUGAAUAUUAAUCUCAGAGAAGUUAUCUGCACAUCCAGGGAUGGUGACAGGUUCUGGAGAAUGCCAGAAUGUUAUAUCAGAGGCAGCACAAUCAAAUACCUUAGGAUACCUGACGAAGUGAUAGACAUGGUGAAGGAGGAAGUUAUCCAAAAGUCGAGCAGAGGUCGUGGUGACAUGAAAGGUCGCGGAGGAGGUCAAAGGGGUAGAGGAGGACCAGGAAGAGGGGCAUUUGGAGGAAGAGGAGGAGGUAGAGGAGGAAGAGGAGGAGGACCAGGAGGACCACCAAAGAAUAUGGGAAAAGGAAGGGGGACUAAAUAAAAAAAAAAACUUGCAUCUGCUAUCAACAAGGACAUUUUAUAUGAACGCUUAUAUUGGAACUGAUGAGUGUGGACCUGUGAUAUCAUUGAGAUAUACAGUUCAUCAGUAUAGGAAAAAAAAUGCAAGAUGAAAAAAGACAGGUGCCCCUCUGAUGACAGCCAGUUAGGGACUAAUAAAAAAGAGGUGUUCAGGUAAUUGUCAUCAAGCAGUUAAGUUAAGAAAGGCAGACAAGUAGACUCAACUGAGAGAGGGGAAAAAACUGCACUUGUAGUUCAUGCAGAGCUCCUUGGAGAGGAGGACAUGUAUAUCCUCUGUGUUGAACAGUAACAAAAUGCACCUGUUUUCUCGUGGACAGGAACAAGAGGUGGCAGAUUGUGACAAUAUUAAUAAGUUCUGUUGGUCAAAUUGGGCCAUAAAUGGUUGGACACCAAUUUUUCCUCUUGGUUCUCUUUUACUGUCACAGAAGUGUUUUCUGUGUUAUAAAUCUAACUGGCAGCGGGUACUGUGCAGCACAGCUAUUUUCAGGUCUCUUGUAAGUUACCUGAUUAGCUCAUACUACAUGUGUGCAGCAUAGGCAAAUUACAAUGGCCAUGUUAUAGUUGACAAGGGUUGUUUAUCUUCCUAGUCCUUUUUUUAGAUUUGUUAAAGAGACUGUGAGCUGUUAACACUUGUAAUGCCUAGCAAUUUCGCAAGAUAUUGGUUUUCAGACAAAUAGAUAAUAGCCAAAACCAGCUGCCAAAAUGAACAAGAAAGGGGAGGAGGUAGUUUGUAUAGUAGGAGUUAAGUCAUUGACUUAGUACUGAUAAUACUUUUUUGUUGCCAUUGACUGUUCUUGAUUUCAACAUCAUUCAGUGAUGUUUGUUUUAAAAAAAGCACUCAGCAGAUCACAACAAUCUUGUUCUUUGUUGAAAAUCUUUAUUUUGAAAACGGAUAAUCUCUGCCAAUAUUUCCUGCAUAGUUCCUUUUAAGAAUGUCUUUCAACCUUUACCAGAGAUCAUGAGACCUAGUCAGAGUUCAUUAAUAACAACUUCACUUCAGCCAAACAACUGGACCCAAAAUAAGACAAAAAAAGGUGUCUGGUCCAAAUUAUAGCUCAUGGCUCUGGUUAAGUGUCAAGAUUUGAGUUUCACUCAUCACUUUUAAGUUCAAAUAUAUAGCACUGUGUGUAGUUAUUAAGUAAGAUGAAGGAGUAUAUGAAAAUAAAUAAUCAAAUUUACA